AAUAAAAAAUCAGAAUAUCUAAUGGUUCUGCAUGUUAUGCUUCCAUGGGAACUGGAGGAAGAAAUACUCUAUCGUCUUCCACCUAAAUCUCUUGUUCGAUUCAGAGCAGUGUCUAAGAGAUGGAACUCUCUUUUCAACAACAAGAGUUUCAUCAACAAGCACUUGUCUCUCUCCCGUCCCCAGUUCAUUUUCCUAACCCAAUCAAAGAUUUAUUCGAUAGACAUCAUCGAUCAAACGAUACAUUUGCGUGAGCUGCACUCUUCUUGCAGGGAGUUAAAUUCGGAAUAUGGUACCAUCAGUACUUGCGAUGGUCUCUUGUUCUGUAAAUAUCCAUUUCACUGGAAGAAGGAGACAGCGCUUUGGAAUCCAUGGUCGAGACAGGUAAACUUGAUCAAGUUGUCUGUGGACAGAGACUUCACUGUUUUUGGCUUAGGAUACGACAAUAGUGGACCCCAAAAGGUUCACAAGAUUUUACUGUACUACCCCCACCCCGAGGAAGUUGCAAUUUACGAGUGUGCCUCUCACGUGUUGAGGUAUAUUAAUACACUUGAGCAGGACAUGUACAUAUGUGACAUGUCUAACGAAGCCAAAGGGUGGCCACAUGUGUCCUUGAAUGGAAAUUUGUAUUGGAUUGCUUACAAUCGCCAGACUUGUGAGUAUUUCAUCCAAAGCUUUAAUUUCUCGAAUGAGAUUUUCAAACCCGUUUGUCUUCUUCCUCCGUUUGAAGAUGACCAUUCUUGGAAUGAACAUCUCCUUGCGGUUUGGAAAGGAGAUCGGUUUUCGUUGUUACAACAAUGCUUUUUAACAAGGAAGAUUGGAAUUUGGGUAACUAAGGAUAAGGCUGAUGAUAAAAAAGAAGUGGUGUGGAUAAACUUGAUGACCUUGACAGCACCUAACUUGCCAUUCUUGUGUAAUAAAAUGUAUGGGGUUAGUUACUUCAUCUAUGAUAAGACCUUAUUCAUGUGUUGUGGCGAUGGAAGUAGUCAGCCUUGCAUCCAUAUUGCGAAGGGAGACAUGUGCAAUAAGAUUCAGAUAGGUUAUGGCGAGGAUGGUUGGUUUUCUCACUGUGCAUAUGUUCCAAAUUUGAACUCGGUUCCUUUAGAAUUUCAGAUUGAGUGAACUGU